AUGGAUCAUUUUAUAAAUUAAUAACCCAAAGGCUAACAAAAAAAAAAUAAUAGAGAAGAUUAUUUCAAUCUAGAUUAUUUCUGUAGACAUAUUUCAAAUCUAAUUGACAUGGAUUUACUAGAUUAUUUGUAGGAGGCUAAAGGAAUGAUGUUUGACCGGAUAUAUACAGAUCAUGUCAAUAACUGUAUCAAUAAAAAAUGCUUUUGCAAUGAUUUCAAAGAUUAAGAUUAAUCUAAUUUUCAAUCUCUCUUUGAUCAGCAAACUCGUAAUUAGUUUUUGUGUCUCCUUAUUUCUUAAUUGUAUAAUAAUUUUUUGGCGAAGAACUUCCAAGAUAAAAACAGAAACUAUGAGAAGCUCAAAUUUAGCUAUUUUUACUUUUUGAUAGAAAUUUAAUAAAUUCCAACAAAAUCCUUUGUUGAAUUAAUUUAAGAGCUUAAUAAAUCUAAUAAAUCUGCCACUAUUUAUAAAAAUUAGUAUACUCUGCAAGAGAUUUAUCAUGCCUGCUUACAAUCUUUUAGUUUUUUUUGGAAAAAAUCCUCAAUUUAAAACCAAAGGCUAAAUAUGAUGUCUGUAAUUGAUUUCUCUGACUUAACAGAAGAAGUAUCUAUUUUAAUUCGUGACUGUUUAAUUGAAAAGAGGGACUUAUUCAUUUAUUUGAACUAAGAUCUUAUAGAUUUAAAUUUUCUUGUUCAUAAAUUUUGGAACUUCUUAGAAAACUAAAAAAAACUAUCAUUAAAGAUAACUAGUUUAUUUGACAUAUAUCCUAAUUCAAAGUAUGUGAUUAGUUUAGCUUAAAUAUUUACACAAAAUUUUGACAUCUAAAGAAGAAAAUUUUCAAAGUUUAUCAAAGAAUCUAAAUAAGUUAUGAAAACUUUUUUAAAAGAAGAAGAUUAUGGUAUUGAUCUAUUUAAUCACAAAUCUUGUAUGGUAUUCAUCACUUUGAUUGAAAAUUUAGGAUUUAUUAAGAGGGCAUCUAAAUCUUUUGAAAUUCUUUUUGGAGUUAAAGCUUAAGAUGUAAUUGGAAAGAGCUGUAAUAUGAUGAUGCCUGAUUGCAUAGCAGGAAUUCAUGAUGAUUCUUUAAGACACUUUGUUGAAAGAGGUAAUAUGGUAAAUUUAAAAAAAGGUAUCAUUUUUGGUUUUGGAAAGAGGAAGAAUGGAUUUAUGUUUCCAGUUCAUGCAAGAACAAAAUUAGAGAUAUAUCAAGGAGUAGAUUUUGGUGUCAAUGGAUAUUUUUAAGAAGUCAAUAAAGAUUUUGAUUACUUUUUAUGUGAAACUGAAGGAGGAAUUUUAGAUGUUACAGAAAGAAUUUUUAAACUAGGAUUUUAACAUAUUUUUCAGCAAAACAAAAAAAACAUAGAUACUUGUAGAAUCAUUCCAUUAGUUGGCUUAAUGGUUCAACAAAAUUCUUAUGCAAAAUAGCCUGGUUAUGUUGAUACAAUUAUGUGUGUUCCUGUAGAGAACGAUUUGGUUUCUAAAUUUAGAAAAACAAAGCUGAUAGAUUUAAAAUCUGAAUCUGAAGAGCUGUUCAUGCUCUUAAUAAAAUUAGAUUAGUUUAAGUUUUAUAACGUAUCUUUAAGAGUAGAGAGAAUAGAUACAUCGAUAGGUGUAUCAGUAAUUUUUGUUGAAUUUAGAAAAGUCAAUAAAAUUAGAGAGUAUUCAGAAAUAUUAGAAAAACUAAAUGACCUUAAAAAAGAAAUUUAAAAUUAGUUGAACAUAAAACUGGAUUUGAAUAUAAAUUAAUCUCUCUCUUACUUAAGUUAGCAAAGUCCAGAAUCAAAAUUUACAAAAUAGUAUUCUUUAUGUUAAGUCUAAAAUAAUUAAUUUAAUUUAGACGAAACAAAACCCGCUUCAUAAGUAUUUAGUCCAAUUAUCAGUUAAAAUAGAAGAGAUUUUUACUAAUCUUAAUUUAAUACAGCCAACUCUCCUUAAAGAAAAUAAAAUUCACCUAAUUUAAAUAGAAAUAGUAUUAAUUAUAACUUUACACUUGAAAAUUAGUUUGUUGAUUUUAAGUUAACUGAUAGAAUAUCUAUUACAUCACGAGAUAUUGAAACACCAAAGAAUAGCAAAACUCCAGAAGUAUAUUCACAAAAAUACUCUAAGACAUAAUUGGAUUAAAUUGUUGAGGAGCAAUUACUUUCUUAGGAUAAUUAUAGAAGUCCUAUGCUUUCAACUCUUUCAUCUAACCAAAUAGACAAUUUUACUCUUCUAAGUAACAGACAAAAUCCAAAUAUCCCAAAUUCAUCUAAUCAGAUGGAGUAGUUUAGAGAAUAAAUGAAGGAUUAUUUAUAAUACUCUAACAGCAAUAUUUAUAAAAAUCUUCAAUUUAAAAUUAAACUAAAAUCUUUUAAUGAUUAAGAAUUAACAAAUGCUGAAUCUAAUCUCUAACUUAAUGACGUUUUUGUUAAAGAAUUUGCUAAUAAAGACUUGAAUAAUAAUUACUUUAAUCCAUCAACACAGUCUAAUGAUGGAAAUGAUGAUGCAGAUGAAAAGAAUUACAUGAAAUAAAUGGAUGGAGAUAUAUUUUUAAUAGAUUAACAGUCAUAAAUUUCUUCAGUUAAAGAUCUUAACCAUGAAAAAUAAUAACUAAAGAAAUAGAUUCUUGAUAGCAGAGCUCCUAAAAUUGCUAGGUACUUCAUACAGAUAGGUUAAAGCUGCUCGUUUGUUUCUCUCAUCAUCCCAAUUUUAUUUUUAGGUUUCUUUGUUAAUUUUAUGCUCAAUUAAAAUUUAAAAUUUGAAAACUGUAUGCUAUUUUAUGAUAUCAUUAACAGUACCAAUUAAGUCACUCAUAAAGUUGAAUAGACUCGCUUUUAUUAGUCAGGUAUUACAAGUAUACAUAUUUUGAAUUUAAAAUCAGAAUUCUCAAAUUAUUAAUAAAUCGAAUUAUAUAAUUUGUAAUAAUUUAAAUAAAAUAUUGCUUUAUUAAUGGGUCUAAAACAGGAUGAAAAUGGAGCUAAUUUUAUUGACAAUUUCAAAUCUUAGUUUAAAAAUUAUGAUAACAUUUUGACUGAUGUGUCAUUCUUUAUAUGGAUAUAAUCAAUCCUUGUCUUUGGAUAUUAAUAUAUACUAAGCCCAAGUGAGCCAGAUGCUCAAGUCCCUGUCUAUAGCAACUUUAUUUAAUUCAUAUAAAUUUUGUAACAAGCUUUUGAAAAUAGUUUAGAAGAUUCUAGGAACAGUUUAAAUUAACUUGUAAAUUUGAUUUAUUAUAAUUUAAUUUUUAAUAUCAUAGUAAUUACAUUGGCUAUUUUAAUUGUCAUACCCAUUGUAUUAAUCGUAGAGAAGAAAAAAAAAGACUUUGUUAAGCUAAUUUGCACCUAUCCUAGAGACAAGCUUGAUGAAUACUUAGAAGAAACAUGUUUUGCUCUUAAAGAGCAUUAUAUAGAAAAUGGUCAUUUAUUUUCCAAAACUAAAGAUGAUUAUUAAAUAAUGAGAUAAGCUACUACUCAUUUCGGAACUGGUAAGCAAUUCGUUGAUUUGAUUAUUUUUACAUCAGCCUAAAAUGGAAACCAACAGCUAUCAAAAGUAGUAGAUGACUAAAGUAAAAAGAAAAAAAGAGCUAUAAGCUAGACUAUUUCCCUAAAUACUUAAAAGAUACAAAUCAUUGUUCUAACUACAAUUUGCUAUGUUGCCUUGAUUGUUUUGCCUUUAAUAUAAUACUUCUUUGGGAACUAUCAAAUAAAUAAAAUAUUUUUUUAAAUAAAUUUAGCUGAAAAUCUUAGUUAGAUAAAUUUCUAGAUUAACAGAAGCUAUUCUGAAAUGUACCUUAACCUCAAUAUGAAAAUCUUUAAAAAUAAUCCUCCUUUUAAUUAAUAUAAUUUAUCAUCAUAAUAUUUUGACGAUUUUUUCUCUAUUUUGUAGAAAAAUUAGGAUUUAAAUAACUAAUUUUAACAACUUUAACAACAAUUGACAAAUUAUGCUAGCGAUGAUUAAAAUGAAGCCAAAAUAAUUUCAAAUAUUCUCUCAAACGACAGUUGCUAAGUAUUAAACGACAAUUUAAAUCUCAUAGAUAACUUUACAUUAUAAUCGCAUGGGAAUAUAACAUAAUAUUGUACUGGAAAAGAAAAUGAAUUUUUAAUCAAAAGGGGAUUAGUUUUGUCUUCUCAGUAUUUAUUUUAAACAUGCCAACAACUGAGUACUUUCUUGAAAUAAGAUUCUAGUGAUAUUCUAUAAUUAGCAUAAAAUUUUGAUGACUAAAAUAAUCUUCAUUCACUAAGUCAAAUUAAUCCAGAAUUAGAUGCUUCUGUAUCUAUUUGCUUAACCCUUGUUAAGCAAAACAUUCAAAACUAAACAACAGUUUUAUAUUCAAUUUUUUACAUACUAUUUAGUUUUUAACUGUUGAUAUUAGUUAUUAUUUAUUACUACCUCUGGAGUAAGGUUCAUUAAGAGAUUAGUCUUAAUUUCCAUAAGAUAAAGAAUCUAUUUACCUUCUUUUCUAUUGAUUAAAUACUAUAAAAUUCUUAUAUUAAAAAUUACCUCACUGGAGAAAUAAGAAGUGAUGUAGUUCAGUGA